ACACUAACAAGCGGCUAAAACUCUUAUCCUCUGGUGCUCUCUAUUAUAUAAAUAGAACCCAUGGAAUCUCAUCUUCUUUCAUCAACAACUUUCACAAAUCAAUUCUCCUUUUUACAAACAAAAAACAAAGCAAGAGUUUCUCUUAUUUCUCCAAUUUGACCCAAAAGAAGAAAAAGAAAGAGAAAAGAUGAGUUCAAGAAGCAAAGCAUGGUUAGUGGCAGCAACCAUCGGAGCCGUGGAGGCCUCGAAAGACCAAUUAGGACUAUGCAGGUGGAAUUACAUGAUCCGAUCGGUGAAUCAACGUAUCCGAAACAACGUGAGAUCCGCUGCUCAGGCGAACAGGUUCUCUUCUUCGUCCACGACCGCCCUUGCCUCCUGCAAGGAUUGUGACAAGGCAAAGCAAGCUGAGGAGUCUCUCAGGACCGUCAUGUACUUGAGCUGUUGGGGUCCUAAUUGAUGAAGACAGAUUAAUUCAGAUUUUUACUUUUGCUUUGCCGUCGAUUGGAUCCGACAGGUUGUAUCUAUUUGGCGGAGCUGUGAAAUCAAAAUCCUAAAUUAAACGCUAUAAGUUUUGGGGUUUUUUAACAGAUUUGAAUUGUACAAAGCACAAAUGAUACUUGUACAGAUUGCAGAGAUGAAUAUAAAAAAAAAUAUUUAUGUACA